CGUCUAGACCCAACAUCAGUAUGCGCAUUUCUUUGUUACCAAAGAUCCUUAAUAAAGCUUUCGAAACAGAUGCACCCAUUGCAACAGUAUUUUAUUGUAAUUGCGAAGAGAAUGACACUAAAAGUGGUG